AUGGGCGUCGUGGCCGCUGAGGCGCCUCUCCGGCUGCCGGCCGCGCCCCCGCUCGCCUUCUGCUGCUACACGUCGGUGCUUCUGCUCUUCGCCUUCUCUCUGCCCGGGAGCCGCGCGUCCAACCAGCCCCCGGGCGGCGGCGGCGGCGGGGACUGUCCCGGCGGCAAAGGCAAGAGCAUCAACUGUUCAGAAUUAAAUGUGAGGGAAUCUGAUCUAAGAGUUUGUGAUGAAUCAUCAUGUAAAUAUGGAGGAGUCUGUAAAGAAGAUGGAGAUGGUUUGAAAUGUGCAUGUCAGUUUCAGUGCCAUACGAAUUACAUUCCUGUCUGUGGAUCAAAUGGGGACACGUACCAAAACGAAUGCUUUCUCAGAAGGGCUGCUUGUAAGCAUCAGAAAGAGAUAACGGUAGUAGCAAGAGGCCCAUGCUACUCUGAUAAUGGCUCUGGAUCUGGAGAAGGAGAAGAGGAAGGAUCAGGGGCAGAAGUUCACAGAAAACACUCCAAGUGUGGACCCUGCAAAUAUAAAGCUGAGUGUGAUGAAGAUGCAGAAAAUGUUGGGUGUGUAUGUAAUAUAGAUUGUAGUGGAUACAGUUUUAAUCCUGUGUGUGCUUCUGAUGGGAGUUCCUAUAACAAUCCCUGUUUUGUUCGAGAAGCAUCUUGUAUAAAACAAGAACAAAUUGAUAUAAGGCAUCUUGGUCAUUGCACAGAUACAGAUGACACUAGUUUGUUGGGAAAGAAAGAUGAUGGACUACAGUAUCGACCAGAUGUGAAAGAUGCUAGUGAUCAAAGGGAAGAUGUUUAUAUUGGAAACCACAUGCCUUGCCCUGAAAACCUCAAUGGUUACUGCAUCCAUGGAAAAUGUGAAUUCAUUUAUUCUACUCAGAAGGCUUCUUGUAGAUGUGACUCCGGUUACACUGGACAGCACUGUGAAAAGACAGACUUUAGUAUUCUCUAUGUAGUGCCAAGCAGGCAGAAGCUCACUCAUGUUCUCAUUGCAGCGGUUAUUGGAGCGGUGCAGAUUGCCAUUAUAGUAGCGAUUGUCAUGUGCAUAACCAGAAAAUGCCCUAAAAAUAAUAGAGGACGACGACAGAAGCAAAACCUAGGUCAUUUUACUUCAGAUACGUCAUCCAGAAUGGUUUGA